AUUAAUUUCUUGAAACAUAUUAGAGAUGGGCUCCCAAAAUUUUUUCUCUGUGGUGGCCAAGAACAUUGAUGUCCUUGCUGGGCCUGUGAUUGCUCUUGUUUAUCCACUAUAUGCUUCAAUCAAGGCUAUAGAGACCAGGUCUCAAGCAGACGACCAACAAUGGCUCACUUAUUGGGUUCUCUACUCGUUGAUCACUCUUUUUGAGCUUACAUUUUCAAAGCUUCUUGAAUGGUUCCCAAUCUGGCCAUAUGCUAAGUUGUUUGCUACAUGUUGGUUAGUACUACCGUAUUUUAAUGGAGCUGCUUACGUUUAUAAGCAUUUCAUCAGACCAUUUUAUAAAAAUCCGCAAGUUCAAAUAUGGUGUUUUCCGCGAAGGAAGAGUAUUUUUAGUAAACAAGAUGAUAUAUUAACCGCUGCAGAAAAAUACAUCGCUGAAAAUGGACCGGAAGAGUUUGAAAGGCUUAUAAGUAGGGCUGAUAGAGAAGCAAGAUCAAGAAGAGGAGGUUACACAACUUUUGAUGAUAAUUAUGGAUACUAAACUUACAUCUAGUAAGGAAGCCUCUUAUAUAUUUGCGAAGUUGAGUGUUGUACCUUGUAAGGUUAUUGCAAAUAAAGACUGUUGUUGUUUGGUGUUAUCACACUUGAAGGUGAAACUAUAUCGUCGAAGUUAAACAGAUAUAGCUAGGUUAACAAUGUAUUAAUCAUCUUAGAUAAAUGGCAAGAAGAAACGAAGUCCUAAGUCAAUUUACAAAAGACAUUUCAAAAUGAUUUAAAGCCAAUUUCUGUUAUGUGUAUA